AUGAGACCGUUUUCAAGAAGUUUAAGCAAUGCCAUUCUUCUAUUGCUAGCAGGAUCCAUUUUAUAUGUGCUAGGCACUAAGAAGUAUAAAGACAUAGGAGUUGGAGAGAUUAGUUAUCUUCGAAUUCCUAUGUUUGAAAUAGCUCCAACUUCUACUUCUAUAGCCAUCAAAGUUGAAACUGUAACUUCAACCGUUCACCAAGUUUCGGUCGUUACAGUUACUUCGGAGCCGAUCAGUACAGGCUUUGCACCAUUAGAUAAGCAACAAAAUGAGAAGCUCCAUGAGUUGAAGCAUAAGAUCUCAACCCAAUUACUUACCACCUACAAUGAAUCUGAUACUACCAACAAUUAUUACGGAGCCAUUUCUCAAGCUCUCAAUCAGGAGUUGGCCAAUCAGGAUGUGAGUAGCUCGUUCCCCGGAAUAACUAACGACAUUCUUAGACAUCAAGUGAUCAGUGAACUCUUGAAGGAUUCCAUUGGGAACACAGACCCCAAGGAGGGACUCCAUACUAAGGAUAGACAAUCCUACUAUAAGCACAUCUUGAAGGAUAUCAUUGUGAAGAAUAAGCCGUUUUCGUUUAAACUUUCCAAAUCAGAACAAGGUCAACCACUCCAUGGGAAACCAUAUAGAUUUACUGACGAUCCUCGGUUCACACGUUCCUUCCUUGAAACUGGUAGAGUGGUGUUACCGGAUGAGACGUUUGAGGAUUUACAAUUCCAUCACCGGAACAUUGUCAAGCAAUUGAAACACACUUCGCUACCACCCAAGAAGUUCUACCAUGGUGAUGGGAUAGUGAUUCUGACGUCCCGGGACUUCUUACCUGGAGCGUUGGUUACUAUCGGUCAACUCCGUGAGACAGGGUCCCUCUUACCCAUAGAAGUGAUCUUGGACUAUGAGAAGGACUAUGACUACGAGAUGUGUGAGGUGAUGCUCCCAAAGUUGAAUGCGCGGUGUUUGAUUGUGGAACGGGAACUAGGGCCAGAACUCAUGAAGUCGCUUGGGUUGAAGAAGUUUCUGUUAAAGGUUGUCGGAGUGCUUGUGUCAAGAUUCGACAACAUAAUCUUACUUGAUGCGGAUAACAUUCCUAUUAAGAACGUUGAUAAGUUACUUGAAAGCGAUGCCUACAGAGACACCAAGUUCCUUCUAUGGCCCGACAUGUGGCACAGAGGCACGUCCCCAAUGUUCUACGAUCUAAUUGACCGUGAGAUCGGAGAAGUGGUCCAUAGAGAAGGGUUGAAGAACAAUGAAGACUGGGACGUGUACCUGAAGCAAGAUAAACACAAUGGGGUGGCUUUCAACGAUUUGGAAGGUACAUUCCCUGGCCGACUGGUGGAAACAGGUCAAAUGAUAUUUUCUAUGGUUGAACAUUUCCGUGCGUUUGUUCUUGCAUUAUACUAUAAUGUGUAUGGGGAUUCACAUUACUACUAUCUAUUGUUUCAAGGCUCUUUCGGCGAAGGCGACAGAGAAACAUUCUUACCUGCAUUGGAGGUGAUGAACGAACCUUAUUAUCUUUCGACAUAUAAUGUGUGGUUAACCGGGUUUAUAGAUUCCAAUAAUAUGGCAAGGGAAACAACCAUAAUUCAAUACGACAUUGACCAGACAUACCAUUUUGAACGUCAAUGGAGAUCGUGGCUUAAAAAGAAGAAGUUGGAUACCAGACUCACAUUAAAUCAAGAGAAUGAAUACACCAGAUCAUUAGUACAAGAGUUUACUAAAGACGAGAAGCUUGAAAUCCCCGACAUUAUGUUCUUACAUAUGCACCGACCUAAAGUCAACCCUAUCAUUAAUGCCGAUCCCAAACACCCGGAAAAUUGGCAAGCAUUUGACAAACACAAGAGAAACCUUGAAGUGGCGGCGAAGCUUCCGGAAUUCAAAGGACGAGAUUGGGAAUUGAAGGUUCAGUUGAUUUCCAAAUGGGUAGCCUGUGAAUUCUUAACUGAUUCUUAUUGGAAAAAUUCUCGUAUAGCCAAGAAUGAAGUUUGCCAGAAGGUUGGAGAUUUCGUCACUUUCCUUAGGAAAACCAGUAGAAACCAAAACGAUGAAAUAUUAACCGUAUUACCGACUAUAGGUGCUGGUGAAGGGACUUUUUGA